GGUGUGCUGCACUCACCUUCAGUGUGCGCUCCACUAUGGGUCGCAAAAGGGAUGACUGGUACAGGACAAGAAGAGAAAGGAAAACCUACAUGCCACAGAAUGAUGGAUGACAGGAGCACUACGCUGCACAUCCUCGAGGAGCCUCAGAUGCGAAGAGAAGGGGAGAGGCUUCGAACUUUUCACAACUGGCCGGCAGAUGCGCCUGUCACAUCUGGAGACCUGGCCAAGGCGGGCUUCUUCUUUCUGGGCCCUGCAGAUAAAGUCCAAUGUUUCUGCUGUGGAGGGAUUUUAAGACACUGGGUACAUGGGGACAGCCCGGCCGCCGAGCACAAGAGGCAUUUCCCCGCUUGCAGUUUCAUACAGGGCCGGGCUGUGGGAAAUAUUCCUCUCCAACUUGGCUCCUCAGACUCUGUGGACGGCCAGCUGUUGAGUCAACUCCAGAGGAUGACUAUGGAUGACCAGGGGACAGCUGGGCAAGCGGUGUACCCAGAGAUGGAGGCGGAGGAUUCCCGACUCACCACUUACCACAACUGGCCCACUGAGGCCUCAGUCCAGCCAGAUGUUCUCGCCAGAGCAGGAUUCUUCUACACAGGUCACGGAGACAACGUCAAAUGCUUCUACUGUGAUGGAGGGCUGAGAAACUGGGAGCCAGGAGAUGACCCCUGGCAGGAACAUGCCAAGUGGUUUCCACGAUGUGAGUUUUUAAUCCAGACGAGAGGGCAGGAGUAUAUCAGCAACAUUCAGGAUGCUCAUUUCCAUCUGGGUGAGACUGUGGGUGGAUCACAGACCUCCACAGGCAGAGAUAUCGGAUCCAGAAACGAUAUGGUCGGCAGUCUGGGAGCUUCCUCGGCCAUGCUCUCCCCCGUGGUGCAGACUGUGCUGCAGAUGGGCUUUGAAGCGAACCUGGUGGAGAGUCUGGUCCAGACCAAGUACCUUUUGACAGAGUCAGAGACGAGGCAGGGCUCCAGUGCUGGAAAUGUGAGGACACAAACACCCAUCAGAGAGAAAGUAAAGGACCCCAGCCCAGAAGAGCUGCUGAGGCAGCUGCAGGAGGAGAGAACCUGUAAGGUGUGCAUGGACAAACUGGUGUCCAUUGUUUUCAUCCCCUGUGGCCAUUUGGUGGUGUGUGGUGAUUGCGCUGCCAGCCUGCGUCACUGCCCCAUCUGCAGAGCUGUCAUUAGAGGCAGCGUUCGUGCUUUCAUGUCCUGAGGCUGUAGUGAGAAGCAACUGUUAUACAGGUGAUGCAUGAGUGGCCUUGAAUUUUUUCCUCUGUACUCAUUUGACCUUGUACUGAUACAGAAAAUAAAGAUUAUUGCUGGUUGCUUGUCAGA